UUUACCUGGCGCUUGUGCUUGGACAUCUCAGAUUUGUUUUUUAAAUAUUUUGAACAACUGAAAUAUUUCAACGAAAUCAAACAUUCUAAAAGUAGGGUAGUCGUGUCUCGAUGUUUCGUUUUAUCUCCAAAUCAAUGAAAUUUUCAUGCUAGUGUGUCUCCGCGGAUAACAAUGCACAAGACAAAACAUUCCAUUGGUGGAAAGCUGAAACGGAAGGACCCUCAUCCCGUCCGGAAUGAGUUCACGGCAAUCAGCGGCACGCAGUUUAAAUGUAUGUACUGCUCCUGGACAACCUGCAUGAACGCAACCCGAAUGGUGAGACACAUCGUCGAGCAGUGUCCGGGUGCUCCGGACAAAACGAAGGAGGCCAUCGGCGAUAUCCAGCGGGCUUCUUUGGAGAAAGAACGCAACUCAUCGCUAGUGUCCGAGAACAAGAAAGAUAUACACGGCUGGUUUACUACUGUUGGUAAUAAACGCGUUUGUAUGUUCUGUGGAUGGGCCACUGUUCGUAACCUAACUCGGAUGAGAACUCACAUCGGAAUGCAAUGUCAAAAUGUUCCUUCGAAAGUGCGUUCUUGCUUCGUUAAGGAGGACAUGGACGAAGCAGAAGAGGAUUCCCAUAUGGAGGAGGACGUCGAACAGAAGGUAGUAGAAACAUAUCAGGUGGUGAAUUUGGGCGACAAUCGGUGGGACGAAAGCGGGAUACAAGUGGUUAACUCGAAAGAUGUAAACAUGCAGGAUGACCAGCUCGAUUUGGAUGAGCAGGAUUCAGAACCGAAUUAUUUAGAGGUACAGGAGUUUGAAGAACGGAUAUGCAGCUGGUGUGGGAAGGCUCUUUCGUACGAAAACUUUGAGGUGGAAGACGGCAAUGACGUGUACUGUUCGAACCAUUGUUUGAAACGACAGACGAAAAUGAAAAGAUACUCGGUACGAUCGACAGAUUCGAUGUCGAACAUCCAAAUCGAAAGCCACAAGCAGACACCAAGUCAUAACGAACGUGAUAGCUUGGAGCCACCAGCCAAACAGAUAAAACUGUUAGUUGUUUCCAAUCAAGCUUCGUCACACGGCAGCAACCAGGUAAAGAAAGAAUACACCAGAAAUGCAGACAGUAGAAAAGAUGACAAUAACGGGGAUGCUCCCACUGUGGUUGAGGUUGUAGAUUACACCCCGGAACAUGAUUGCGACACGCUAACGGAGGAAGCGCCUCAAUUGGCAGAAGUACCAACUCAAAAUGAAGCGAAAUCCGCAACAAUCAUUGCCACAGAACCAUUAGAAUCCAGUGCCCCAAAAAAGUCUACGUCGACGAUGGUUAUGGAGCCGAGGAUCCAAAAGAAGACGGCGGCAAAUGAGGAAGGUUCGUGUCAUUCAUUCGCCGGUGGACACGUAUACCCGCAGGAAGACGUCCGUUCGUCUGACCACAAGCUGCAGUGGACCAAAGCGGUAAUCUCACGGCCUGCACCUCCCUUCGAAGCAACUGCUGUGGUUCAGGGGGCGUUCAAGAAGAUAAAGCUGUCGGAUUAUCGCGGCAAGUAUUUGGUGUUCUUCUUCUACCCGUUGGACUUUACAUUCGUGUGUCCGACGGAAAUUUUGGCCUUCUCGGAUCGUGUCAAAGAAUUCAAGAAACUGAACACCGAGGUUAUAGCGGCGAGCAUCGAUUCUCACUUCACCCAUCUGGCUUGGAUUAAUACGCCCCGUAAGGAAGGUGGACUAGGAAAAAUUAACAUUCCACUCGUUAGCGACAUUACGCACAGCAUCGCCAAAGACUAUGGAGUGUAUCUGGAUGAUUUAGGACACACGUUGAGAGGACUUUUCAUCAUCGAUGAUCGUGGUAUCUUGAGGCAAAUAACCAUGAACGACCUCCCGGUUGGGCGAUCGGUUGAUGAAACACUGCGUUUGGUGCAAGCAUUCCAGUACACUGAUAAGCACGGAGAAGUUUGUCCUGCUGGAUGGAAACCCGGUCAGGAUACGAUAGUACCCAAUCCGGAAGAAAAGAUCAAAUACUUUGAGAAAAAUCAUUAACACGUUGACUGCCUCGGAGGUUACAUGUGGCUGGCACUCGUAGGGGCCACCGGUGAACGGCCAGUAAAUAAUGGAAGUACAUACAUAGAGUAAUUAUGGAUAUUGAUGAUUUUUCAAUAAUACCAUUGUUACUAUAUAAUGUUUUGCGGAAAUUAUUGCAAUAUAUAAAACAUACAAAAAUGAUUUUAUUAUAUAUAAUAUGUAUUUUUUUAUACAUAAUAUGUAUAUUUGCAAACCUAGGUUGGAACUAAAUAAAAACGAGUUCGAUAUGAAUCAUGAGAGUAGCCGCUAAAACACAUCUGGCAGUCAUCGUGUUAAUUGAAGAUAAACGCUAAUUGUUAGAAUCUAUUAAAAAUUGUGAAAAAUAAAGUAUACCUCUCGUUUGGAGAGUAAUUUUUCCCCAA